AUGGGAGGCCACAGAGGUGGUCGCUCCAAAACCAAAAGAGCAAGCACAUCCCCUGCUAGGGUUGAUCGUAAUAAGCAAUCCAAAAGGCUCUGCAAUUCUCCGCCAUCUGUUGAACCUACCGUAAAAAAAGGACGCCAGCGUUCAGCAACUGCCUCUCCUGCUCCGGAUGAAGAGUCCUUAUCAGGAGAAGCAUGGGCACCCUUUAUUAGCUCAUCCACUUGGAAGAAAAUUGAGGCGGUUCAGACUACAGGCAUCAGGAUAAUUUUAGGCCAGCCGACCUUUGUAAGGAACUCGGUGCUUCUGCACACAGUCGGAUUCAUUCCUAUCCAACAAACCAUUAAGAAAAAUGCCUCAGCCACUUUUCAUCGUAUCGCUACUUCAUGUUACAACCAUAUAAGAACUAUUGGUAAUUGUUCCCCCUCUCUAUAUACCUCGAGACAUAGACAACGUCCGAGAACAAAACCUUGGGCAACCAGUUAAAUUAAAAUUAUAAUAAAAAAAAAAAAAAAAAAAAAAAAAAUAGCAAA